AUGCUCGGUCUGGGCACCAUUUUUUAUGUCAUACUUAUUCUCGUGAAUGGUAUUGCAGUACUUAAUGAGGAGCGUUUCCUCAGCCGCGUUGGCUGGUCGACCAAUUCGCGCUCGAUGCAGCAGGAUUUGGACAUGAGCGAACCUGGCGUCAAGGCGCGGCUUAUCAGCUUGAUUGGCGCCGUGCGUGUUUUGUUGCGGAUACCGCUGAUCAUUGUUAACAUUGUGGUCAUUUUUUACGAAUUGAUCCUUGGAUAG